UGCCGGUCCGUGCAACGGAAACAACAACGGCGACCAUUCUCGGGCACCGUCUCUACACAAACGGAUCUUCGCGCCGGCCUCACCAAACUCACAUCGCGGCGCUUGAUCUCCGUCUCCGGCCCGGAUGCCUCCAAGUUCCUUCAGGGUGUCAUCACCAACAACAUCAACGCUCCACACAAUGCCAACGGCUUUUAUACCGGCUUCCUGACAGCUCAGGGCCGUGUGGUCCAUGAUGUCAUCAUUUACCCGGAUGACCUGGGUCCAGAACCAGGCAAGCAGAGCUUCCUGAUCGAGGUUGACGCCGACGAGGCCGCGACACUUCACAAGCACAUCAAGCGCUACAAGCUGCGCUCCAAGUUCAACUUGAAGUUGCUAGACCCGGAGGAGCGUGCUCUCUACCACUCAUGGAACGACCUACACCAGGCCGGACCAUGGAGUAAGCUGAUCGACGAGGUACAAAAAGAUGGCAACGCAAGGGCUGUCCCGGAUCCGCGUGUUCCGGCAUUCGGCUCCCGUGUGGUCGUCAACCAGACCUCCUCUUCCUCGCCACUAACAGACGGCGACCUGACACCCGAAUCAUCUUACCACCUCCGCCGUUUUCUUCUCGGUAUCCCCGAAGGCCAGUCCGAGAUCAUCUCCGGCACCGCUCUCCCUCUCGAGUCCAACAUGGACGUGAUGAAUGGCAUCGACUUCCGCAAGGGCUGCUACGUCGGCCAAGAGCUUACCAUCCGCACCAAGCAUCGUGGUGUUGUCCGCAAGCGCAUCCUUCCUUGCAUCCUCUAUUCCGAGGGUGCCGCCCCGGAGAUCCCGGCUGACGGACCUGGGCAACUGGAAGCGCUGGAGAAGCUCUUGAAGCUUGAAGUCGAGCAGGGAGUCAAGGCAGAGAUGAUUCCUCAAGGUGCGAGCAUUGACAAGGUGGACAAGAAGUCUAGGAGCGCCCCCGGCAAGUGGCUGAGGGGUAUUGGCAACGUUGGACUGGCGCUGUGCAGGUUGGAGGUGAUGACGGAUACCGUCUUGCCAGGAGAGACACCGGGCACGUAUAGCCCUGAGCAGGAAUUCGUCGUUAGUUUGGGUGGAGAGGAGGGGAGUGAAGUCGAGGCAAAAAAGGUCAAGGUUAAGGCCUUUGUGCCGUUUUGGCUGAGG